AUGAGUAAUUCAUAGCAAACACCGUGUCCAUUUCAUGAUGGUUAAUUUAUUACAUUGAUUCGUAAGAAUAUUAGAUCUGAAGGUAACAAUAAAAUGUGCACAAAAUGCUUUUUCGAUGAAGAAAAUCUUCAAAAGAAAGAUGUUAUAAUAAUUGAUGAAUUUGAUACCAAAAUAGCAAAUUUGGGUUCAUCCUUAGAAACAAUAUAACAUACAUCAUUAUAAUAAUUGGAAAUAUUAAAUGACAUCAAUUAAGAAAAAGAUAGAUUAGGGCAAGCCAUCGUUGAAAUGGGACAGAAAAAAUAGUCUUUAGAUAAUUUUAUAAAAACAUCUUAAAGUUCUUUUUAAUUAGGGAGUGUUAAUUUAAGUGACAAUUAGGUAAGUGAUUUUAUGGAGCUAUUUAAUCAACAGGAAUUGUUAAGAAAUAUUAAUUUAGAGUUAUAAAGAUCUCUUGAUCCAUUAAGAGAUUUAAGGACAUGUUUAAAAUAAUAACGAGAAAAAAUUCUAUAAGAUAUCUAAUUAAUAAAUCAGAUUUUAAAUGGAAAACUAUCAAUCUAAUCAGAAAAUUAACUUUAGUAAAUUCAAUUUGAAGAGCCUAAAUCAUAUUUUUCGAUAAGUUUUACAUAAUAUUUAAAAUAGGUGUUGCAUAAAGUAUGUAAACUCCUACUCCAGCAGUGAAAUAAUCCGAAUAUCUCAAUUAAAAUUAGUAGUAAUAAAGUGAUGAAUCCUUUUAAAAAUCGAAGAUGCGUUAAAUAUAAUUAUUAUACUAGAAAUUAUAAAAAACAAUAUUGAUAGUUAAUAAAAUGAAGUUAACAGCAAUUAAGUUAUUAUGAUAAUACUAAAUUUCCCUUAAUGGAAUGAUACAUAGAAUAUUGAAGUGAAUCAAAGUGUAACUGUAGGAGAAUUAAUUUAGCAUUGCAAAACAGAAUUUUCAUUAUAAAAUAACAUAGAAAUUCAUUAUAAUAACAAAGUUCUAUCAGAAAAAAGUACUUUUCAAGAAUUGAAUAUUUAAAGUGGUUAGCAUAUGAUAUGUUAAAUAAAUUGA